GGUGGGGAUCAUUGUACCCCGAAACCUGGCGGCAAGUCCUGCAUCUGGGGGAGCAUCGCCCCCAUCCGCGGCCAGCCGAGCGCUCCCGCGGCUGCCGGCCCUGAGGGGAGACGGCGUGCGGGGGUCGGGAAGCGCGCGGCAGGGCGGGAAGAGGAGGCGCCCGCCUUUCUCUGCCUAUGGCCUGUGGAAAGGGAGCGGGCACACAGCGAUCCCCCGGCGUUUGCAGCUUCCCAUGGAAACAUGUGCACGUACGCUGCCACAGAAGGGAAGGAUUUUGGAGAAGACGGGACUUUGCAAUCAAAUCACAUUUGGCCGAUACGUGCGGCAGGGACGGAAACUAGGGGUGGAUCCAAAGCUCUUGAUCCAGGAUCUGCAGUUUAACAAAGUACCUGUGAGGGUUUAUCAGCCUAAAGCUACCUCUGAUGGGCGAAGGAGAGCUCUCAUCUUCUUUCAUGGAGGAGGCUGGGUAUUUGGAAGUCUUGAUACCUACGAAAAAGUAUGUCGCUACCUAUCGAGAGAAAGUGUCUCAGUAGUUGUAUCUGUUCAGUAUCGUUUAGCCCCUGAACACAAAUACCCUGAUGCAUAUGAAGACUGUCUUAAUGCCACCAUACAUUUCAUGAAGAAUGCAGAGCACUAUGGUGUGGAUCCUGCCAACAUAACUGUCUGUGGGGACAGUGCUGGGGGCAACCUGGCAGCUGCUGUUAGCCAGACCCUUGCAGGUAGAUCAGAGCUCCCCAGCCUGCGUGCCCAGGUCUUGAUCUACCCAGGCCUGCAGGCCCUGGACUUCAAUUUACCAUCCUAUCAGCAGAAUCGGGGAGUCCCUCUCUUAUUCCGAGAGCGUGCUGCUUUCUUUGCUUUGCAGUACCUCAAUGGGCAUGCACUGCAUAUGCAAGAGGUCUUGGAGGGCUCUCAUAUUCCUCCAGAUAUGAGGCUGAAGUAUAGGAAGUGGGUGAGUCCAGAUCACAUCCCUCAGAAAUUUAAGGUCAGAGGUGUGAAGCCACGUAAGUCCACUGAUUUUAUUGCUGAAGUUUAUGAGACAGUGAAGAGAUUCUGUGAGCCCAACCUGUGCCCGCUGCUGGCUGAAGAUGCUGUGGUUCAGCAGCUGCCUCAGUCUUUCAUCCUGACUUGUGAGUAUGAUGUGCUGAGGGACGAUGGCUUGCUUUACAAGAAGAGACUGGAGGACAAUGGUGUUCCAGUGACCUGGUACCACCUUGAGGAUGGAUUCCAUGGAAUCAUAAGCCUCUAUGAUUACUGUGGUUUGUCAUUCCCGUCUGGGAAAAGGGGAUUGGACAGCGUUGUAAACUUCCUAAAAAGCUUAUAGCAAACAUCUUGGAUUCCACGAGUCUGUUCAUGCCUCAACUUAGGAAAAUGUCGUUUUAGGAUAUUGAGUAUCAGGUGAUCGCUAGUCAAUCAAGAGCAGCACUAACAAUGACAUACAAGGCUCAUCAGAACCUCAUUCCAGCUCUUAGUUGGAACAUGGAAUAUGCAAACCUUCUACAAGCUUGUACCACACUGCAAGCCCUUAUCUUUAGUUAUGUCAAUAAACAAGAAUUUAAUUUUGAAUGGACAUCCUGGUUUGUUCCACUUCUUUAAAAUAAAAUUUGACCAUGAAGAGA